GAAGAUCCUGCCUUGAUCCGCUGGGUCUACGCUCGGACGCUUAACAUCUACCCAAAUUUCCGCCCGACACCCAAGACGUCCUUUCUAGGAGCAAUUUUUGCGAUAGGCCCUCUCCUCUUCUGGGCUUUUGCCUUCAAAAUUGACAGGGAUCGUAGAGAGAAGCUUAUCCAAGAAGGCAAAUACAAGCGACCCUUCAGUGUAUUUUAA